ACUACAUAAAAAUGAAAGUGAAAGCAUUCACUAACUCAUGAUUCAGCAUUUAAACAUCAAGCAGCAGCCCAAACCUCUCUCUGCGUCUCAAGAUACAACUAGCUGAACAAUGGAUAAGUUCAUAGGAGAUUUUCAGAGACGUCUUCAUAAGGAAGUAUAUGGCCUGAGGGAGGUGUCUAUCCUUGACCAUUGUGGUUUCAUACUGUAUUUCUGCCUCAUUACUUCUCGUGCUGGAACUGACAUUGAUGCUGCAAUCAGAAAUCUUAUGCUUGUGCAAGCUGACAAACAAGUCAUCAUUGCUGUGCUUUAUCCUACAAUUGACCCUGAGAAAACCAUACCAGACAGCAACAAUGCUAUAAAGAAAGAGAACACAUAUCUAGUCGACUUUCUUUUCAACGAGGAUGAAGGGUUCAUGAAUUGUCAGAAGAAUAAAGAUGCAAUCAAUAAACUUGCAAGGUACAUCAAGUCCAUGAAUCUGACUUCAUAUUACUUGCAAAAUUAUGGAAUUCCACGUACAUACUUAUACCAGAAUAGAGAUUUUCCUGUAACCAUCGGAGGACACCGAAUCCGAAAAAAAUGUUUUUUUUAUUUUGGUGUUUUUCUCAUUCUCAUCAUUUGCUUAAUUUAUCUUCUGGUAAUUCAAGGGUAUCAUGGUAAAACUAACUAUCUAAAUAAAGACAGAAAUGACACUGUAAAACAUGAUUACAGUUUCUGAACUGAUGAUGAAAAAAAGAAAAAAAAGACAGCUGUGCUGAUGCCAGAAGACCAUAAGUAUAGGAGCAAUUUGUAAGCUUUUACACGUGUAAAUUUAAUUAACAAACUACCGAAAUUUACUCAUAACAACUUGUUAAAGCACUAAUAUAUGAAAGUCACAUAAUAAACCCAAAGCUAAUUGCAAUUUUAGAAGUGAAUUUCAGUAAUUGUCACUAAGCUUCAUAUAACACACUGCAUGAAGAUAAUUGAACUGUGAAUGUACAGGUAAGUGUGUAUUAGAGAUACAUUACAAUAUACACAAAGUUCACACGCAAUAUUUAAGAUUUGCAUGUAGUUUGUAACUAUUUUGUUUGCAGGAAUAUAUAUGCUGUGCUGUUUACCCCAGAUAUGAUCACAUUCUUUAGCAUUUGUACAACUCCUUAUUUAGAUCUUUAAGUUUGUAAAAUGAAUUCCAUUGCUAAAAACACUUAUACCAAACUGGAUUAGCUUUAGUGAUUACAUUAUGUGAGUUAUGGUGAAGAGAUAUUAUUCAUUCUGUUAUGUUUUUAACUAUUACUAUGAAUGAUGACAAAAUGCUUUUUGAGAAACUUGUGCUUUAUGCUAAUUGCUUUGCUCAGCCCUUUACAGUUUUGAUUUGUUACAGUAUGUUUGUUAUAGUCAAAGAAAAAAAGAGUUUAUAUACCAAAAGAUCUUGUCUGGCAAGAGUCAUUUAAUGAAUGCUCUAAUAAAAGAUUACAUGUUCGCAGUGCAGCAUGCAAAUGGUCAUUAAUUGUCAUUUUAAAUUUUUACACUUUGCUGUUAUCUUUAAAGCCACAAAGUUUUACCCAUUUAUCAGUAAGACAAUUUCUAGCAUUUAAAAUCUUAUACAAUAUAUAAUGAGCACUUAUUGUUUUAUGUUAACUAUUGCAUGUCAUAAGUGUGUUGUAUCAAUUUUAAAUAAAUAUGUUAUGCUGAAUGCCAAGUGGAUGUUUAAUAUUCUUUCUAUGCAAAUAAAAAUCUCUCUUUGUAAACUGAA